UGUCAAACACACACACCUUUUUAUAUGUCGCAGCCUGAGAAGCAAACGCACUUCAUAAGUGAAGGUUGUGAGUGAACGACCUGUAGAGAUCAAGAAACAACAGACGGGGAGCUUUUUGGAUCUAUCUUAAAAUCAGAUGCACCGACAGGAAAGGAUGUCCUUCUCUGGAAGCUUCCUGUCAGACGAGCAGUUCCUGUGCUCGAUCUGCCUCGAUGUGUUCAACAACCCGUCGACCACGUCGUGCGGCCACAGCUUCUGCAUGGCCUGCAUCAACAGAUACUGGGACGGAUCUAAGAUUUACCAGUGUCCUCUGUGUAAGAAGACCUUCCCGAAGCGACCAGAGAUGCCAAUCAACAGGACGCUAAAAGAGAUCAUCGUAUCCCUAGGAGGAGUAGUAGUAGUAGGAGGAGGAGGAGGACGCGGAGGAGGAGGAGGGGGUACAGACAAGAGAGGGGUACAUGGAGGAGGAGGAAAAGGAGGAGGAAAAGGAGGAGGAGGAGGAGGAGGAGGAGGAGGAGGAGGCAUACCAAAUGAUUUACUCAAAGAAUUGGUGAAGAAGCUGCCUCGGUCUACGUUAAAAAAAUCUUUGGCGUUACCCUAUCUGACUCCAGGGUUACCAGGUGAGUCCAUGCCGACGUCAUCAGUCACACCUGAACUGGCUUCUUCGGUACCGGACACGAGUCCGCUCGCUGCCAUGAUGAACUCCUCCGAAUCUACUACGCCGCCUCUCACUUCCGAGCGUCGCAAGUACCGGAGAAGGUUCACCGUGAGUGGGCAUGCAAGCAGCUUGAGCCUCCCAGUCUGUGAGAUCCACCACAGAGGACUAGUGAUUUACUGUAGGACUGAUCAAGAGUGUAUCUGUCCUGAAUGUGAGACCAUAGACCAUCAGGAUCACGACACGGUGACUCUCGAAGCCAAGUGGAUGGAAACCAAGGGCCAGCUGAGUGUGUCGCAGCAGGAGAUCCAGGAGAUGAUCAGCCAGAGAAUCAGUAAGAUCGAGGAGAUCAGACUGUCAGCGAAUGAACUGAUGAUGGCGGUGGAGCGAGAGACGGCGGGCAGCGUUUCCCUGUUUACUGAGCUGGUCACCGCCAUCAAGCGCUCCCAGGCGGAGCUGAUGGAGGUGAUGGAGAUGAGCCGGAGGGCGGCCCAGGCCCAGGCCGACGCCAUGAUACUACAGCUGGAGCUGGAGGUCGCAGAACUGCGGGGGAGAGAAAGCUCCCUCGCCGAUCUCGCCCAAUCGGAGGACUACAUGCACUGUAUCAAGAUGUUCCCCAUCCUCUCCAGUCCUCCACCAGCCAAAGACUGGUCUGAGGUGACACUGAGCACUGACCUGGGAACAGGUCCCAUCUACAGGUCGCUGGCAGAUCUGGUGGAGAAGUUUGGGAAAGAGCUGAAGAAUUUCGCAGAAACAGGUUUUCCCGCUCCAGGUUUUCCCGCCUCAGUACCGGAGCUCAGUGUGGUCCGACCACAGCCCAAGAGGGUGCAGGAGUAUGCAGUGGACGUGACUCUGGACUGCAACACCGCUCAUCCCAGACUGAUCCUGACAGAAGACAUGAAGAGUGUGAAGUGUGGUGAUCGACACCAGCUGCUUCCAGACAAUCCAGAGAGGUUUGACAGAGUCGUGUGUGUCGUUGGGAGGGAGGCCAUCUCCUCUGGGAGACACUACUGGGAGGUGGAGGUCGGCGGGAAGACGGACUGGGAUCUGGGGGUGGCCAGACAGUCCAUCAACAGGAAGGGGAAGAUAGAAGUUACCCCGAGCAACGGAUACUGGUUCCUCAGCCUGAGAGACAAGAACAAGUACGCCUUUCGCAGUGAACCGUCCACAGACGUCCACCUGAACCUGCGACCACAGAGGAUCGGGAUAUAUGUGGACUUUGAGAAAGGACAGGUGUCUUUCUACAACGUUGAUGCUAAAAUCCACAUCUACACGUUCAACGACACUUUCAGCGAGUGCAUCUUCCCAUUCUUCAGCCCGUGUACUAACAAAUCUGGGAAGAACGACGGGCCGCUGGUUAUCAAGCCAGUGAACAUGACAGAGUGACGGAGCGACACCUCGAAGUUAUCUGUUGUUUCUUCUUCUGUUUUUUGCACUUAGCUGCUCUGUAAAAAAAAAAAAAAAAUCUUGGUCAUAUUUUUUU